UCCCCCUCGAAAUCAUUUCUUGAAGAGAAAGAAAUCCCCCAAACCCUUUCAGACAUGCAAGAGAACCCCAUUCCCAAAAUACCUGAAGAAGCAGAAACCCUAGCUUCUUCCAGUUCAAUCGUAGCCAUGGCCGACGAAUCUCAUCCACCUAAAGAUUCUCGAUUCGUUCCUCAUUUCCUAAAGAAGGUUUACAACUCAGAAAUCGACAACACAAACCUCACCAGCCACCACCUCCUGAUCAUUGCCGUCCAUUCCGUUUUCUUGGAAUCCGGAUUCAUCGCCUUCGAUCCCACAUCAAAGAUCGACGGCAUCCGUCUCCCGAAAGGAUGGGCAUCUAUGGUGGCCACUUCCACGGUAUGUAUACGGUACACGCUCCCCGAUCUUGUAAAUUCCGAUCGCGAUUCCUGUGCAGAAACUGCCAUCUUGAAAUUCCAGAUUUUGGGGAAUUUCGUAACCGUGUAUGGUAUCUUGAGCUUGAACAGUUCGGAUGUGUUCCGCAUCUUUCUCGAUGUGUCCCGUUUUGUCCCGUCGAUUGAUUUCGUGCUGAGGAAUGUGGAAGACGGGAAUUUGCAAACGGUGCACGAAAAGGUUGUUUUCGAAUUCUGGAAGAUUGUCAAGGACGGGCUUUCGUUGCCUCUCCUUAUAAGCCUCUGUGACAAGACUGGGCUGCCGCCUCCACCGUGCUUUACGAUACUGCCAGUCGAUAUCAAGAUUCGGAUUCUUGAUUUUCUAUUGGGCAUCGAUAUUGCGCGGGCUGCUUGCGUGUACUCGGAAUUGAGGUACCUGGCGUUGAACGAUGAUCUGUGGAGGAAGAAGCUUGGGGAGGAGUUUGGUGAGAUCCAUACGAAGGGACUGAAUGCAGGGCACUGGAAGGAGAAUUUCAAGGUGUGUUGGCAAAGGAGGAAGGGGCAGAUGAUGCCAUUGUGGCAGGAUCGCCGUCUAUACUUCCCUACCAGACGACCCGAUCCGGUUCCAUUUGGUGCUCCUGGAUUUCCUAUAUUUGGUGGAGAUUAUGAUAGAUUGCCGGCUAUUCUUGGUGAUGUUCCUUUUGCACCCCGUCGUGGAUUUCCUCGAUUUCCAGCUAGGUGGAAUUUUUCACCUAACUGCAAUCUUGGUGGAUUCAAUGUCUAGAUUGGUCACACCACACAAGUUGGGUUUUCCGUCAUUGCAGGGUGUGAUGCUUCUGAGGUAUAUGCAUGUUAUGUGAAUAUAUACGCUUAGGUGGAUGUUUUCAUGUUUGCACAUGGUUCAUUUGUUACCUGUCAUACUUUUUUGCCUUGUUGUUUUGUAAUUGAAUGAUACAUUUUGUUCUCCUAAUCUGUGUAAAACAAUUUCAAUUUCCAAUGAUGACAUGCAACGAGAGUCCAACUAGGACAAAUUUCAC